AAAAAGAUUCGCGGAGUCACUAUACAUCCUCGCGAGCACCACUCCUUUUAACUCGUCACUUUCCUCUCUUCUUCCGUUCCCAGCAUUCGUCGCCAUGGCCGCCUCUGAAGAACUACCCAUUGAGCCUCACAAGACCUUCGACACCAUCUUGGUGCUCGACUUCGGCUCUCAAUAUUCCCAUCUCAUCACGCGCCGACUUCGCGAGCUCAAUGUCUACUCUGAGAUGCUCCCGUGCACUCAGAAGCUCUCCGAACUCUCCUGGAAGCCAAAGGGAAUAAUCUUGUCUGGAGGACCUUACUCGGUCUACUGGGAUGAUGCCCCGCAUGUCGAUCCAGAGGCCUUCGAACUCGGUGUGCCCAUCUUAGGGAUAUGCUAUGGAUUGCAGGAGAUCGCGUGGCACUUUGCGAAGAACGUGCUAGCCGGAGAGAAGAGAGAAUAUGGCCAUGCGUAUCUGAAGGUCGAGCGGCACGCGGGCAAGGCAUCCCACAUCGACGCGCUGUUCGCGGGGCUUGAAGACGAUAUGGAAGUAUGGAUGUCACAUGGGGACAAGCUGUCGAACCUCCCAUCCGAUUUCACCACGAUCGCUACCACUACGAACGCGCCCUUCGCCGGCAUGGCACACGAGACGAAGCCUCUAUACGGCAUCCAAUUCCACCCCGAAGUCACCCACACCCCUAAAGGCGUGCACCUCCUCCAGAAUUUCGCCGUCGACAUCUGCAAGGCGCAAACAGACUGGACAAUGGGCAAGUUUGUGGAUCAGGAGAUUGCAAGAAUCCGAGCUUUGGUGGGGGAGAAGGGUCAGGUCAUUGGAGCGGUCAGUGGAGGUGUCGACUCUACCGUAGCUGCCGCGUUGAUGAAGCAGGCUAUUGGCGACCGCUUCCAUGCCGUCCUGGUGGAUAACGGGGUCCUGCGUAUGAACGAGGCCGAACAAGUCGAGGAGACCUUGACAAAGCAUCUGGGAAUCAAACUUACCGUCGUAGACGCAAGCGAGCGAUUCCUAGGUCUAUUGAAAGGAGUCAAGGAUGACCCGGAGAAGAAGCGCAAGAUCAUCGGCAACACUUUUAUCCAUGUAUUCCAAGAGGAAGCGAAGAAGAUUCAAGCUGCAGCGGCCGGAUCACCACAAGCAGGCGAGAUCGAAUGGCUUCUGCAAGGCACUCUAUACCCGGAUGUGAUCGAGAGCAUUUCGUUCAAGGGACCCAGCGCUACUAUCAAAACGCAUCAUAAUGUGGGCGGUCUUCUUGAAGGCAUGCACCUCAAGGUCAUCGAGCCUCUCCGUGAGCUGUUUAAGGAUGAAGUCCGAGAACUAGGAACAAAACUAGGCCUCGCAGAGGAGCUAGUCUGGCGUCAUCCAUUCCCUGGCCCUGGCAUCGCCAUUCGCAUUCUAGGCGAAGUCACUGCUGAACAGGUUCGCAUUGCCCGACAUGCGGAUUAUAUAUUCAUCGAGGAGAUUAGGGCUGCUGGGCUGUACCGAAAGAUCAGUCAGGCCUUCGCCGCUCUACUCCCAGUCAAAGCUGUGGGUGUUAUGGGCGACAAGAGAGUGCACAGUCAAGUCAUUGCGCUCAGAGCAGUGGAGACAAGCGACUUCAUGACGGCAGACUGGUACCCGUUCGAUGGAGCAUUCCUCAAGAAGGUGAGCAGGAGGAUCGUAAACGAGGUCGACGGAGUCUGUCGUGUGGUCUACGACAGUAAGUUCAUCCUCCACUUGGUGCUGGUUCUCAUUCUAAUAAUCAUUUAGUUACGAGUAAGCCUCCUGGUACCAUUGAGAUGGAAUAGAAGGGCAGCUUGUGGACUGGCGGAAUUUUGGAUGAAUGGACCUCCGAUACCCUUGAACAUGUUCGUAAUUGUAAAAUACUUGCCGUAACUAAAUGCUGCUGGACGACAUGAUGUGCACGGUGGUAGCGUCAAAAACU